AUGUAUAACAGUGAUACACGGUGCUGUUCUUUCCCUUUGUUUAGCUAUGCAGCCACAAUUAUCUCAGGAACUGAACUGGCAAAGCAAAUACAUAAGGAAAUUCAAAUGGAUGUGGAAGAAUGGGUAUCCGAAGGCAACAAAAGACCUCAUCUUAGUGUAAUUUUAGUAGGAGAUGAUCCAGCCAGUCGAUCUUAUGUAAGGAAUAAAACAAAAACUGCUGCUGCACUAGGUAUUAGCAGUGAAACAAUACUGCGACCUAGUAAUGUUUCUCAAGAAGAUCUACUAGAAGUGAUUGACAGAUUGAAUCGGGACUGGAGUGUCAGUGGUUUACUUGUUCAGCUACCUUUACCAGAACACUUCAAUGAACGUUCAGUUUGUAAUGCAGUCGCUCCAGAAAAGGAUGUGGAUGGCUUUCACAUAGUUAAUGUUGGAAAACUUUGCCUUGAUCAGAAAUCCAUGAUACCUGCUACACCUGCUGCUGUUUGGGAAAUUAUUAAAAGAACAGGGAUUGAAACAUGUGGUAAAAAUGUUCUGGUUGUUGGAAGAUCGAAGAAUGUAGGCUUGCCUAUUUCAGUGCUUUUGCAUACUGAUGGAAGACAUGAAAGACCUGGCGGUGAUUCCACAGUGACUAUUGCUCAUAGAUUUACUCCUAAGGAGCAACUUAAGGUCCACAGCAGUCUUGCAGACAUCAUUAUAGCAGCAGCUGGAGUUCCAAAGCUGAUUACUGCAGAUAUGGUGAAGGAGGGAGCAGCUGUUAUUGAUGUUGGCAUUAAUCGCAUCCAGGACCCUGAAACUGGAAAGACCAAGUUGGUAGGAGAUGUGGACUUUGAAGAGGUGAAGAAGAAGGCUGGGUACAUCACACCUGUACCUGGAGGUGUGGGGCCCAUGACUGUCGCCAUGCUCAUGAAGAAUACAGUAACUGCUGCUAGAAAUCUUCUGAACCACUGAAGGACUGAUGCCAUAUACAGUAUAUACAUUUAUUUGAUUCCACUCAAAUGUUAUCUUAUUACUAUUUAUAUAUUGAUUUAGUUCAUAUUUAUUAUAUUUUCAGAAGAGUAUUUUUUCUACCACAAUCAUUUUCAGUUUGACCUGUUUGAGUAAAUUCAACAUUACUGUGAACUACACUACACUUGCGUUACAAGCAGAAAAUUUACACUUUAAAUGUCGAAUAGGGGGUGUUACAUAUUUACAGAAAGCACAGCUCAGAAUAGUUUGAGUAAUCAGGCUGUACCAUUACAUACAAAUAUAUGCAAUUCACAAAAAAAAAGGUCUUACUUUUUUGGUUUUCACUAUUCUUCAUUAGCGAUCAUAUCCAGGUUAGUUUGAAACAACAACUCUUAAUUGAACUGCGCCUACCUUUUUUCAUUCCAUAUCCUGUUCCACAUAGAAAGGAAACAAUAUUUUAAAAUGCUGGAACUUGCUAAACAGUCAAGGUAAUUACAGCUCUACACACUAGAGCCUCUGGGUAUUUAUGUGGUAGGAAGAGUCAGGUCAGGUACAUUGUGGACUCUGUGGUUUCUUAACAAGCACUUGCAUGCCAAUGCUGGCACGCAAGUAUUUAAAGAAAAAUACCCAAUCACCCAGUUUGUAUGUAUAAUAAUGCACCAUAAUGCCAUUCUGUAUGCGAUUACAAUGUUAUACAAAAAUGCAUCAGGGAUAAAAUUAUACAGACUUGUAGGCUGCUGUUGUUAGUUUAUAGUUUGUGGAUUUUCUAAAUGUUUAUUACCAGUAAACUAAACAUUACAUGCUUACUGGUCAGUCUAAAUUCCAAUUUGGAAGAUACUUGAUUUUACAGAGUUUUAUUUUACAUGAUUAGUAUUAGUGGAUGGCAUAAAGGAAAUAAGGAAAAGUAAUAUAAUUAUGACUCAUUGCUUAACUGCACAGGAUAGAGAGCAUAUUUUCUCAUUGCCAUAAGAUGUUCUCAUUUUUUAACAAACAUCAUAGCAUGUGUGAGCUAUUUGGAAAUCUGGAUAGUGACAGUAACUGUACAGUGCUGGAUAAGUCUAAUGCUGUGCGGUUCAGCCGUUAAAAAAAUGGCCUUGUAACCAGGAGGU